GGGUAAUUAGACAAUUAACGGACAAAUGCACCAUAGUUUUUCGCACAAUGCAGAUAUUUUCGAUAAGUUCAUCAGUGGUGUUAAGUGUGUUUUUGUUUAGUGUAGUGAUGCAGAUAUACAAUUUGGUUUAUGCGUGGACUGGUGAUAUGCAAAAAUUAAAAAAAAACGUGGAAUAAAAGCUGGAUUUAUGUCGAUUGAUGAUCCCAAAAUGUAUAAGUUAAAAAUAGUAAGACGAGUGAAUAAAGUAUCCAGUUUUUGAUGUAAUUGUCGGGAGUGCGUACGAUAAAAAUAAGUGAAAAUAAUCUAGAGAACAAAACGAUCGUAGUAAGUGAGUGAAGAAAGUUUGCGUGAUUAAUGACAUUUUGAGUUGUCGUUAAGUGAAAAUGCUAAAACACGUGCUGAAAACCAAUCUUGAGUUGGAGAGACUUCCUCCUGGUUGUAGAAUAUCGGUGGUUGGUGUUUCUUUGAGAAGGAAAUGUCUGAGGAAAUUAAGAUUGAGAAGGAAAAACUCACUGUCCUGGCCAAACUUCAGGUUGUCUGUCGAUUCACAGAUCGAUUAUCCCGACAUAGAAAACAGGAGAGUACAAAACUCUGCACUGAUGGAUACUCAACAUCGUAGCAUAAAUAUCAUGUUCGAUGAUGCGUACGGCCAAACAGGCGUACCUCAAUCCGGCGUGGUGCCCCGACCUCCAUUCUCGGGCGCAACCUCCGUGGGUGGCUCGAACGCCGCCCACAAGUGCCUGGGGCGGGGCUCUCAUUCCUCGGACACUUCCUCUGCGUACAGCGGAAGCGACACGAUGGCAUCCACCCACUCGGAGAAUGACGGCGACGAGCUGGACCUCACCGGAUUGGUGGAGAGUAUCGUUGACAGUGACGAAGAGGACGACCUGGCUGAGAGCAUGGAUAGUUUGACUGUAAGGGAUCGGGUAAGAGACUGCUUGGAAAAGGAACCAUCUGAACGGACCGAGGAUGAUAUUGAAACGCUGCUUGAAUUUACUCAACACCUGAAAGCGUUCACAAAUAUGACUCUGGCUGUUAGAAGGGCAUUGUGUUCUGUGAUGGUAUUCGCCGUAGUUGAAAAGGCUGGUACAAUGGUGAUGAACGAUGGUGAAGAACUCGACUCGUGGUCCGUCUUGGUGAAUGGUUCAGUAGAAAUUAUCAUACCAGAUGAACCACCUCAAACGCUCUAUAUGGGUGACGCUUUUGGUAUUCUCCCCACCAUGGACAAACUUUACCAUAAAGGAGUCAUGUACACGAAGUGUGACGACUGCCAGUUUGUAUGCAUUACACAGUCAGAUUACUAUAGGAUAUUGCAUCAAGGUGAAGAAAACACGCGACGGCACGAAAGCGAUGGUAAAUUGGUGAUGGUGACAGAACUGAGGGGUUCCGCAGAACCGAGCUGUAAUCGGCGAGAUCAUGUGGUGAUCAGAGCGACACCUGAACAACUCAUGUUACAAUUGAUUCAGGAGAAUUCUCUUAUCGAUCCUACUUACGUAGAAGAUUUCUUGUUGACGCACAGGGUUUUUAUACAGAGUCCACUGUUUGUGGCUAGUAAACUUUUGGAAUGGUUUAAAAAUGAAGAAGUAAGGGAUAGGGUGACAAGGGUGGUUCUGCUAUGGGUGAACAAUCAUUUUACGGAUUUCGAAACCGAUCCAGACAUGAUAGAAUUUCUGGAGACGUUCGAACAAGGCCUGGAAAAUUCCAGUAUGCAAGGACAACAACGUUUGCUGAACAUUGCAUGUGCUGCGAAAGCAAGAUUAAGGAACGUUGUGCUAGCCAGGCCAAAUAGGGAGGAGCCGCUGAAUUUCCAAAUUAGGGGUGGUUUCGAAAGGAAUUUUGGUAUCUUUAUUGACAAAGUUGAUAAGAAGUCAAAAGCUGAAGAAGUUGGACUGAAAAGGGGCGACCAGAUAAUCGAAGUGAAUGGACAGAGUUUUGAGCAUAUGUCCUUGGCCAGAGCUUUGGAAAUUCUCAGAGGGUCAACCCACCUAAGCAUAACCGUGAAGUUCAACUUGCUGCACUUCAAAGAAAUGCUAAACACUCCCGGCAACUCCCCUCGACCGAGGAGUCGCAAGGUGUCAGAUCUUCCGAAACUCCCUGCUGAUCCUAGAGCCAGGCUAUCAAGUGUAGACGGCAACAUCAUCCUGAGCACGGAACCGCCUGCGGCACAGCCUGUCACCAUCAACAGCCCGGCCAAGGAGGGGAAGAAGCAGAGCUUCAUGACUCUCGGGCCGAAGAGGAGACUGCAAAAAGCGCUAAUGAAGAUGAAUAUCCUGCCGAAGAAUAUCAUCAAUGAUAUUUUCAGCGUCGGGCUGAGCCAAGAUCAGGUGGACAGCUUCAAUCCGCCAUCCAAUUUAGGAUCGAAUCUCUAUCAAUCUCAAAGUAAUCCUGACUUGAUGUCAAUCUGCAUGGAUGAAUACAACCGAUGUUCUGAUUACCCUGAACACGUAUUAAAGGUGUAUAAACCAGAUCAGAGCUACAAGUACCUUCUAGUGCACAAAGAGACGACCGCUCACGAGGUGGUAAUGUUGGCAUUGCAAGAGUUCGGUAUCUCGGACCCCAGCCAAAACUUCUCUUUGUGCGAGGUCUCUGUGACCGAUACCCAAACGAUAAAGCAGAGACGGCUGCCCGAUCAGCUGCAAAACCUGGCCGAACGUAUUGGGUUGAGUAGUAGGUAUUAUUUGAAAACGAAUGGUGUGACGGAAACUCUAGUACCUGAUGAGCUAGCUCCCGAAUUAGUACGGGAGAGCGCUGUGCAUUUCUUGCAGUUGAAUGCAGUGGAGGUGGCUAUACAGCUAACACUGCAGGAUUUCAGUAUUUUUAGGCAAAUUGAGCCAACGGAAUAUAUAGAUGAUCUCUUCGAAUUAAAGUCAAAGUAUGGCACGCCGAUGCUCGACCAGUUUGCGGCGUUAGUUAAUAAGGAAAUGUUUUGGGUUGUCAGCGAGGUAUGUUCUGAACAUAAUCCCGUGAGGAGGAUGAAGAUUAUUAAGCAGUUCGUCAAAGUUGCAAGACAAUGUAAGGAAUGCAAGAACUUCAACUCGAUGUUUGCAAUAAUUAGUGGACUUGGGCAUGGUGCUGUGUCAAGGUUAAGGCAGAGUUGGGACAAACUGCCUGGAAAGUAUCAGAGGGUAUUUUCAGAACUCCAGCAACUGAUGGAUCCUUCUAGGAAUAUGAGCAAGUAUCGGCAACUUAUCAGUGCUGAGCAGACGCAACCUCCUAUUAUUCCAUUCUACCCGGUUGUAAAGAAAGAUUUGACGUUCAUCCACCUGGGCAACGACAGCAAAAUCGAGGGCCUAAUCAACUUCGAGAAGCUGCGCAUGAUCGCCAAGGAGGUACGGUCGCUGAGCAACAUGUGCAGCAGUCCCUACGAUCUCCUCACUAUGCUGGAGCUGGGAGGUCAACCGGCGAGCAACGCCAUGGUUGCUCUCAAUCAACUCACCACAGCAUCCUCGCAAUACCAUACACAAGGGCAAGCGACUGUGAAACGGCGCAAAAAAUCAACGGCCGCCCCGAACCCAAAGAAGAUGUUCGAAGAGUCACAGAUGGUGCGGCGCGUGAAGGCGUACCUGAACAACUUGCACGUUGAAACUGACGAACAGCGACUCCACGAGAUGUCGCUGGAGUGCGAACCUGCAGCGGCGGCAACAACUACCACUACCAGUGGUGGAGGCGCUAGUGGAGUCGGAGGAAUGGCAGCAGGGAUGAUGGGCAGCAUGACGGGAGCAGGAAUACGAGGAAAACGACACCCUUCACCAGCGCCAUCUACUACCAGCAGUACCAGUAGCGCAGGCGGAGGGGAAGAGAGGAAGACCACGGCCAAGUUCGGGUCAGCCUCUCCCCAGGCGGUCCGCAAACUAUUGGCAUUAUCGGAGCCUACUAAAACCAGACCUCAUCAGCCAAGAGCACCUGGACACGUGAUCAGUGCCAACCAACCCAGUCCUGUCGUCAGGAGAGCGCCAAGUGCCACAGGCAGCUACUCUAGCUACGGUUCGCACAGCUCGAGCAGCUCAGGGGCGGGGGGCAGGGCGAUGCACGAACGAUCCCAUUCGGACACGCCGACGCCACUGCCCUCUGUCGCGCUGUCUGCCGAAAGCAGCAGCGUCACGUCGCUCAGCAACCUGCCUCUCAGAAAGACUGUCACUUCUGGCUCGGUGACAUCAUCAGACAGCGGCCACAGUACCAUCAGCCAGGCAACGAGUACGUCGGGCGACUGUCACGCCCUCUACGGGGGGCAACCGCCUCUGCCGCCACCCAUGGCUCCGCCUCCCGCACCCGUUGGCCAUCCUUCUCAAUUGACAGGCUGGUUUCCAAACAAUACGGGUGUUGUAAUGCCUCCUUGCCCUCAUGCAGUCGCCGUAUUACCUCCUUUACCUCACGCUUUGCGCAAUAUGAACGUACCGGGAAGACGACAACCUCCAGCCUAUAGUGUAGCUGCUCAGAUGGCGAGACUGCACAGGCUAGGAAGGGCACAUUCUCAUGAAGGAGUUACGCAAGGUUACCAUUAUCACACGGAUCCUGAUACGGAUCAAGAUGAUGAGGAGACCCAAGUCUCGGCAGUAUGAGCAUUUUAAAGUACUAACCUGUGUUUUAAAUGAAUGUUAUUUAAUGUAUCUGUCGGUGUAAAACGCAUAUCCCCAAUUUAAUACUCACGAAUUAUGUAUUUUGUGUUUUUACCGUUACAGUUCACUCCCUCACGGGUACUGAGGUGAAGACAUUAUUGUCAAAAAUAUUGAAAUUAAAAAUGUCAUAAAUUUCCUUCAACUCAGCAUACCCAUAUUUACACAUCCUAUCCUAUUAGUUCCCGUUUUUCAAUCGGAAGUCAACUUUCAGGUUCACAAGCUAUAAUCUAAAAGUUAACUGGCAUAACUCGGUGAGUUUGUCGUAUGUUCCGGUGUAUUAACCCAUUGCGUGUUAAUGUGAUAACGUUGCUUCUGAGGACUCUUAUAUGGUGUUCUGCGUGUGAUGCGACAUUCGGAACAAAAGCGUCUUCUGUUAUCCAUGAUAACUCAUGACAGUCUCGUAUCAUUAUCAAACAAGUUAUGUUUGACAUUACGAUUUAAGUACAAUCCUCUAUUGAACCUAUAAAUGAGCUCUGAUCAAAGUUCCAUUUUAGGGACAAGCAAGCCAUUAAGGACGCUUUUUAGGGUAAAUUUCCAGUGCACAGCAAGGUCGCAGCUUACCUGCGCAGGUUGACUGUAAGUUUUAGUGUCACACGUCGUAUGGGUCUCUGUCACCGAAUUUAAUUAUCUCCGAAAAUUGGAAUCAUUGGUUAUCAAGUGAGUGACCUUUGGAUGCCUUUAUCAAACUACGAGUUUAUUGUUAACUGGAAGUUAAGUCCUAGAAAGCGACUUUCAUUGUCAAUCGAUCUUGGGACCAGCCACCAUGUGUUAGAUAACCGAACAACUGUCAGUUAACUCUCAGGUUACAGCUAGUCAAUUAACUGAUUUUCGAUUCUGAAGUGCAACUUAUGUCACUUGAGUUUUGCAAAUUUUGCAAGAAUAAUUAGGUUCCGUUUUCACUUUCAAUGUGGUGUUUUUGCCUCCCUCGAAUGUACCUGAUUAUUUUGAAUAUUGUGGAUUCUGUUUAUAUUAAUCUAAGACCUUUUAUUUAUAGCAAAAGAAUAUUUUUAUCGAAUUUGUACAUAUGCAAUGAUAGAUCUUUGUUUAAAUGCAUUUUGGAUCAUUUGUGAUUUUCUUACAUUGAUGAUAGUCAGCAUCCAAGCAAAUCUCACAUGCUUUUCUCACAAGCUACAAAACUGCUAUACGCGUACAUACGUAUUUUGUGUGAUGCUUCAUUGUUAGAUCUUGAUCUUUUUUAAAUAACUCUUAAGACAUUCCAAGUUUUUAUACCCCAUUUAUAGUCUUGUGAGACGUAAGCUACGAUAUAUCUACCAGGAUAAACCUAUUUUUCAUAUUUAAGAAAAAUGUGUGUAUUUUUGAAACUGUCGGUUAUAACGUCAUAUCUAUAUAACUAAAAACCUUUUUGUCAAAUUAAUAAAGUUCCAGCAUCUUUACUAGACUGAAAAAAUGCUUUUUGCAUAACUUUUGUGAUUUUGCGUCAUCUGAUAUAAAAAUGCUAUUUAAAUUCGUUUAUGUUAAGUUGCAAUCUUUUUAGGUUAUGUGAUUGAACUAGUCGCUCAAUUUUAUAGAAAACUACCUUGUAUAUUCCGAUAAUGUACCAGACAGUUUUCUGUAAAUUUACUUUGAUAUUAUGUUAAUAUUGUGUAAUAUAUUUUCCUAGUUAGGUUAAGAUGACUUGAGCAUGAUCUAAUACAGUUUACCCAAAAUCGGACCAUAACAAUAAUUUAACGCUUCCAAGGAAAAAUUCCUAAUUAUACAUUCCAAAAUAUUUUUACUCUACUUUCUUUGUAUUACCAGUAGAGGACCAACUGAAUGUGAGAAAGGUGCUGACUCUGACUCAUUAUUGUAAUCCACAGACAUAUUCAUCCAUGCCUCUUAGUCAUGAUUCACUGAUAUGGAAAUGCCGAUUUUUGUCAAUAUCAAGGGAUUUUUACUUAGCUUUUGCAUGGCUUUAAUUAUUUAUCCUCUUUUCAGUGAGUCAGUUUUUGGCAUCAAUAACUACCGGUUUUUCAACCAUAUGUUAACAUUCAUUAUUUGUUAUUCUGACAUGAAAAUUGAUCAGCUGCCCCUGAAUUUGCAUUACAAGUUUUGCUUCAACUUUUAAUUGUUAAUGCGUCAUCACUGCUUCUGCGGCUUGAAGGGUCAGAAGAGUCAUGCUAAAUGUGUCGGUCAAGCAAAACAGGUUCAACGUUUCGGUGUAACCACACCUUCGUGUGAAGCGAUGGAUGAUCCUCUGGUGAAAAUUAACUUCCGUUUUGGGAUAAACCUGAAGACAAGCCCGACAGUAGAGCAAUGUUAUUAAAGAAACAUCUCUUAUUUGGAAUUGAGGCGAUAUAGGCCUGGCUUUUCAAUCGCAGGUGAACUGUGACCUUACAGGCAUUUGGAAGUCAACUGUGAGUUAACUUUAGUCAGAAGACGAAAUUUUAGUUGAACCGCAAUGUCUGACUUAAUUUACUCGUAUGACGGAUGACAAACCAAAACGGUUGGCAUCACAAUACUUCAACGAGUAGCAACUAUGGUUUAGUUAACCAGAGUAUGGAAAACAAAUUGUCGGGCAACUGACUGUUUACUUCUAAGUUGGAGUUACUCAACUUGGAGGUUGAGCUUUGAUUGAUAAAAUAGAUAUACUUUGAGGAGAGUACAGUGAAGCUACCCAUUCGUGUAGUCAAUAGAAUACGUCGUCGCCUGAAUGCAGAACUAUUGUAUGUCCAAAUUCUUCAUUUGUCAGAUUUUAACACGACAUUGUAGCUCAUAGUCACCUACAUUGCAUGCAGAGGUAUUGUAAGUCCCUGCGCAAGCGUUCCCCCACCACUGGUCCUGAACGAUAUUUGGCGUAAUAACUUGAGGCGCAUCAUUUCAUCAUUUCGCUGCAGAACUAUGAUAAGAGCAGAUGAUCACUUACAGAACUACUGUAAGUCCAAUGUCAGCAACAUAUAUAAGUCCACUUUCACGGACUUUCUCAGAAAUGUUAGGCAAGACACAAAUACGAAAAAUAGCUCUCCUGUAAAAUUUGCAUUUUGUGACUUGGAAUACUUAUGCAUUCAAGCGACGAUGUAUUUAGUUGUGUCAUAUAGUUUUAUCAGGUGGUCCUCUAUUCAGGUAAACUUCAGUUGACUGUAUUAAUACUUUUUGUCAUCUGUUUCUGUAUAUUAUUGUACAAUUUAUUCACAGUAUAUGGCUGAAGAGGCAUACUUUGUCAUUUUAUUAUAAAUGUAACAGUUUCAAUAUAAACUAUGAAUGC